CGCAGGCUUCAUCGGAUGGAGCCCAUUCGCUCACUUCCGCAGCCAUCGACAUUUUCUCACUUGCCGGGGUGUUUGUCGUGCGUUCGGUCCGCCUUAGCAGAAGUGGCAAAGGCGGCGGUGAUUUAAAGCUCCGCGACCGAACAACCGAGCAAGAUUUCUCCACGUUGCUCAGCGCACACUUCUUGUUACUCUUCAAUCGACGCCAUGCCGCGCAGGUCGUCGCCCUCGAUGCCACGCACGGCCUCCGUUAGCUCCACUACCUCAUCAUAUCGAGCUGGCAAGCUUCAAUUUCCUCUACCAGAUGAUUAUUUCCCACCGGUGAGCCUCUCGUUGACCCAGGUGCAGCAGUACCAGGAUCAGGUGGAAGAGUUGGCCGUCAAGGCGAUGGAAUCCUGUCGGGACCACGAGAACCGGGUCGCUGGUUUCGGCCUGGAGGACGAAAGACGCUGGCAGGACGUUGCGCGCGACUCGGAUCUUUCGAUCGUCCGCCGUAAACAGGGUCCUCUUACCAUUACGCGCACGUUCGGAACGGUAAAUGGCGACUUCCGCCGCUUUGUGGACUUCUUCUCGUCCGAGACGUCCGAACAGCUAUUCGCAUGGAACCAGUUCUUCUUCGGCUGCGCUGUAGACGCCGUUGUGCUGUGUAAUCUCGACUUGGAUAAGUCGGACAAGCAGGCGACACUCGGUAUUAAGUGGACCUGCAUGCAGCCUUCAGUGCUCACGCGCAAGCGUGACGAGUGCUUUCUCGAGUACGUCUUGUUCAGGAAAGACGACCAGGGCCGUGACGCUGCUGUCAUUGUGCGUAUGCCUGUAGACAUCCCGGAGUGCCCUCCACUGCCCCACGAACUGAAGACAAAGCGCGAAAAGAUCACCACUGUCAUGGUUGUACGCGAGUCCGACGCGUACCCGAACGCGACGCAGGUGUUCAUGCUCAGCAAGUGUGACCACAAGGGACUCACAGCUUCCACUAAGUACUGCAAAAAGCUGCUGCGAGCACUGAAGGACGUGUCUCUCUCAGCCGACGCCAAGCGCAUUGCCACAACUAUUAGUGCUCCGGGAUUCGUGGAGCAGUCGCGCGUCGGAGGCGAACCUGACGCUGGGGGAGCAACUAUCCGGCCGUGGGUCCCCUCGAAUGUUCAGCAGGGCUGCACGAGCUGCACUCGGCCCUUCCGAGCUGGCCACAGACGCCGUCACUGCCAGAUGUGCGGCGACGUGUUCUGCUCGAAGUGUCUCGUUCGACGAGCUGGUAUCCGACAGGACAAGAACACCUUCAGCAACUACAUCACGAUGACCAACCAGCGGACAUUCCGGGUGGUGCAGUCGCUGUUCUGCAAGGUGUGCGUCACCCGUUCUCGCGAGGAAGACGCGGAGACUAUCCAGGAGCAGAUCGAGGCCACUCGUCGCUCCGUGGCAUCGUCCAAGUCGUCGUCGCUACCUCAUCGUUCGUCAAUGGGGUCGUCUACUCAACCACAGAGCUCUAAGUGUUCUACUCCGACGUCUUCAGUGCCACGUAGUUCUCUUUCCCAGCAGACCGACGCACCUCGUCGCAGUGCGACUUGGAAUGAGGAGAACCGUGCGUCGUGGUGGUCAGAAAACGAGUCCGACACGUGCAGUUGGAAGUCUGGAUCCAGUCGAUUCAGCACCAUCUCGCGCAACUGCAGCGGAGCCCCCACGGUGCGUUCGUCGUUCAGCUCCGAGUAUUCUUUGGGCAGAAAUUCCUUCCUGGCAGUACAGUCGCUGCAAACUCCCCGCGAAAUCGAUGACGACCGGAUUGACGACCGCAUCGACGAACGCUCCAGUAUCUAUGAGGUGAUCGACACGAAGGACAUGAUGCCCGAAUCCGAGCUUCAGAAGCAACUGCGAAGCCAGCAGUCCUCUGCGUCCGAUUCGACGGACUCGGAUGAUGGUUACUUCAGUGAGUUCUCCGAUACCGUCCGUGGUCGAUACACGUCCACGCCGGUGGCUCCGACGUUCCUGCCGCCACGCUCGACGACUGGCCGGCGCACCCGUAGCACCGACCAGAACGAAAACUCGGCUUCGUCCAAGUCGCUGGACCAGUGUAUCGCGGAGCAGAACGAGCUUUUGCAGCAGGUGCUGUCUGCAAGCCGCGGCUUCGCUCCCGAGACACAGGCACGCGCCAAGGCGUCGUCUGUCAGCCAGAGCAUUCACGAAGACGACGAGGGCCACGACGACGGCGUUUAUGAGCUGUAAGUCACUCCGUCUAAGGCAGACGGAGGAAUCCAUCGCGAAGACAGCGGUGAUAAUAAACAAACCACUCAGCAAGCUAUGAGCAGAGUACACAGAGAUAUAACUACCAUUUCCAUAGACGUAUCAAUCAUC